AUGGCACAACAAGUUACCAACACGGCUGCAAGGGAGGAAGCUGAAGCUCAACGUGCUGCUGCUGCUGCUAUUGUGACUGCUCAAGACCGAGCUGAAAAGAAUGCUCGCCAUGUGCAGCGGGAGGAACGCGAGUUGGCUGCCGCUCAGACUAGGGGUCUGAAUGAUUUCAAGCGUCAAGAUCCACUGAAGUUCUCUGGAAGCUUUGAUUCGGAGGAAGCUGACCUAUGGCUCCAAGAGUUGGAUAAGAUCUUUACUUUCUUGCAUACGACUGCGGAGUUGAGGGUGAAUUAUGCGACCUACAUGUUGACUGGUGAAGCUGAUGCAAGAGCCGCCAAGGAGGCACAGUUUCUGAGACUUCGUCAAGGGGGUAUGACCGUGGCGGAGUAUGCUGCUAAGUUGGAAUCAUUGGCGAAACACUUUCGCUACUUUCGAGGGCAAGUGGAGGAAGGCUACAUGUGUGAACGUUUUGUUCAUGGGCUAAGCUACGAGCUACAAAGGGCGGUGCAACCGCUGGGGAUCAACCGCUACCAAGUAUUGGUGGAAAAGACCAAGGGAAUUGAGGCUAUUGAUAACCAAAGAGAAAAGUACCAAGGUCUGAAUAAGUCUAAGCAAGGAAGUGGAGGUCCGACUAGGGCUAACCAAUGCAGGAAUGACAAGGGCGAGAACUAUCCGAAGAAGUCGUAUGUUCGUCCUCAAGGUAAGGGGACGACUUCUGGGUCUGUUAAUCCUUCUGGGUCCUCAUGUUGUCCAAGCGACCUCCUCCAAUGCUGCCGGAUAUGGACACAUGUGCACUUGUUAAUUCGAGCGGUCACUCAAUUUGCCACCUGCAAUGGGAUUCGGGAGGAGAUAAUUUGA